AUGAAGGGAAUGAAAGGGAAACUCGCGAAGAAGCUCAAAUCCAUCAAACCAGUUGUGUACCUCAAGCAGCCUGGCCGCAUUCUUCAGCCGAUUUCAGGGGACGAGUUCCGAUCAGUUUCGGAGAAUCAGUGGGUCGAACCUCCGAAUCAGACUCUGCCCACAAUAAAGGAGGGCGGGAUCGGACUUGGAGAGGCAGAUAUUGAUAAAGGUGAUGAUGAUUUCGUUGAAGAUAAGGAGAACUUCGGGCGGCCGCCCGUGAAGGCUCUGUUUCCGGGUGGCAGUGGCAACCACCACGACGGCUCAUUCAAGCUUAUGCCGUUGUCGGAGAUUGACAUCUCGUCUUUCCGUCCACCGGACUUGAAUUCCAGUACGCUCUUCGAUCCAAACCUUCUGGCUGCGUUCAAGAUGGCAGUGAAGGAGUUUAUGCAGCGGAUUGAGGAAGAAAGAAGAGUGAGAAUUCAGAGCAUCAAAGAAACAGAGCAGGGAGAAAGUGAAUCAGAGCCUCCUCUAAAAUUCUGCCGAAUUGAGGAAGAAAUUGAAGAAGAAGGGGGCAACCCGUUACUGAACUUUGAAGAGAGAUGCCCGCCGGGCGGAAUAGACAGAGUGAUUUUCUACUCGACGACAUUGAGAGGGAUAAGGAAGACAUUCGAGGACUGCAAUGGCGUCCGGUUUCUCUUACAGAGCCUUCGAGUUCGCUACCACGAGAGGGAUGUGUCGAUGCACAAGGAGUACAGGGAAGAGCUCUGGGAGGUCCUGGAAGGUAAAGUGAUGCCGCCCCGACUUUUCGUCAAGGGAAGGUACAUUGGUGGAGCUGAAGAAGUUUUGGGUUUGAACGAACAAGGGAAGUUCAGGGUGCUCUUUGAAGGGCUUCCACCAGUUGAUAGCUCAACUGAGCCUUGUGAAGCUUGCAAUGGAGUUUGUUUCGUGCUCUGUUUCAAUUGCAGUGGUAGCCAUCGAAUCUCUACCCCUGAUGGGUUGUGGAGUGAAUGCCUCUACUGCAAUGAGAAUGGCCUCAUAAUCUGUAGUCAUUGUUGCUGUUGA